UUUAUUUUCAGAUUUUAAUUGAUUAAACAAUUAAAAAUGAGAACCUAUGGCGCCCCUUAUUAUACCUCAACUGUCCAUACUGCCUGAAAAUCAAGCAGUGAUAAAGAGCACUCCGCCGGACUCACAGUAAUGGUUAGAGAGUUCAGUGUAGAGUACACUUUAAAGGUUGAAUGUGAGUCCCCUUACAUUGCAAUCAUAUUGGUAUGGUAAAACUGAGACUCGCAGUAACAGUGAAACUCCCAUAAAGUAAAGAACAAAAUACAUAUUUAUACUGUAACUCACAGUAGUGGUUAGAUUCCAGAAGACUAAGAGGAACCUGUAAAUUACAGAUUGACAGAUAACAGGGAAUCCCCUUAUAUAGCAACCAACUCCUGCAUUAAGCAAGCUGAAUUAAACAGUUCUCUGUGACCCGCAAUAGAGGUUACAUAGAUCCUCAAAGAGGAAAGUGUAAAACAAUUCUUUUACAGAUGAUAUUGAGUCCCCUGACAUUAAUUGCAAGGCAGACCUGAUUGUAUUCUGUAAACUGAAGAAAAUCUGCUAAAAAUGCCGAGCUGGAAUUUCUCCAAAAACUCUCAUGACUUAGAGCAUCAUGAGGCCAAUGGCCAAGGGUAUUACAAUGGAGGUUAUGCCACCUAUGAUGGAGAAGUUCAGAACGGAGGACUGAGCAAUGGAAAGAAAAAUACUCACCCUUAUGUUCCAACAAGCUACAACUAUCACAAUAAUGCAAGACCCUCUUCUGAGUCAGUUGACCUAGGAAGUGAUGUGCCUGAGGAAGAGGAGGAGGAAAGAGAGCACUGGGGAUCACAAUGGGAGUUCAUUUUAUCAUGCAUAGGAUCAUGCGUAGGAAUUGGAAAUGUUUGGAGGUUCCCAACCUUAGCCUAUGAGAAUGGGGGAGGAUCUUUCUUCAUUGCUUACUUCAUCCUGCUUAUAAUUAUUGGAAAGCCUAUGUACUACAUGGAGUUAGCUCUUGGUCAGUUUGCACAGAGAGGUCCGGUGUCUGUGUGGAAACUAAAUCCAAUUGGAGUUGGGAUAGGAAUUGGACAAUGCGUGGUUUCACUCAUUGUAGCAAUAUACUACAACGUUGUUAUCUCAUACUGUCUCUAUUAUAUCUUUGCCUCAUUCCAAGCUGAGGUACCAUGGGCAAAGUGCAGCGAGGACUGGUUCCAAGGUAUUGGUGCAGAUCCCCUUCGCUGCUAUGAGAGAUCAGCAAACGCCACCAAUAUUACAUGUCUUGCAGAGGAUGGAAUAUGUGAAACCUCUGCAGAGCAGUUUUAUCGCCGUGCUGUCCUAGGCGUACAUUUGUCUGUUCUAAAGGAUGUGAACGAGACACGUGAGAUCAAUGGUACUCUUGUAGAUGGAACCUUUACCUACGCACUCACUGAACCUGGAAAUAUUGGAGUGAUCAAGUGGGAUAUAACUCUCUGCCUGCUUCUAGCCUGGAUUAUUGUAUUCUCCUGUAUAGCUAAAGGCAUCAAGACAACUGGAAAAGUUGUAUAUUUCACUGCUACAUUCCCUUAUGUGAUUCUGAUUGCGCUACUCUGCUAUGGAUGCACCCUACCUGGAGCUUAUGAUGGGAUUCAAGCUUUCUUUGUUCCUAAGGCUUGGACUGGGAAGAAGAGUAUUGCUGAUCCUGAGGUUUGGAGGAAGGCAGCAGAGCAAAUGUUUUACUCUCUUGGCAUAUCAUGGGGAGGACUGGUUAUGUUUGGGAGCUAUAACAAGUUUGAUCACAAGGUUCAUAUAACGGCUACAGCUAUCUCAUCUUUGGAUUUUGCUACUUCUAUUAUCUCUGGAGUAGUUAUAUUUUCAAUCCUUGGACAGCUCAAGCUGGAAGCUGGACUUGACGAUAUUGCUGAUGUUGUUAAAGGUGGGACUGGUCUUGCCUUCAUUGCCUACCCAGAUGCACUCUCCCGCCUUGUGGUUCCGCAGCUGUGGUCUGUUUUGUUCUUCAUUAUGCUGUUCCUGCUUGGACUGGACUCAGAGUUUGUACUCCUAGAAACUGUCUUAACUGUAUUCUAUGACAGUUUCCCAAAAUCCAAGAACUAUAAACCUCUUUUAGUAUUUAUCAUUUGUGCUUCAUGCUUCCUAAUGAGCUUGCCCUGCGUAUCCAAUGCAGGACCCUUUGUCUUUCAGAUCAUGGAUGAUUAUGGAGGAGGGAUGUCAGUUCUUUGGAUUGCAAUCCUUGAAAUUGUUGCGAUAAUGUGGAUUUAUGGAGUCAACAACUUUGCUGCAGACUUGGACUACAUGUUAAAGUUAAAGACCAGCAUUGUUCUGAAGAUCCUUUGGGUGAUUAUACCUCUUCUAUUGGGACUUAUCCUUGGAGUCUCUUUGUACGCCUUUGAAGCUCCCCAUGCAGAGAGCUCCCUGGGUAGCAUCUACUAUCCUGACUACGUUGGCGGUAUCGGUAAUUUUCUUAUCGUUAUCGUGGUGGCCCAGGUCCCCUUCUGGGGGUUAGUUAUGAUGAUCUUCUACUACUUCUCCCCUUCCAGGAGGCUUCAAGAUGUUUUUGAACCAACUCCAGACUGGGGUCCUGGAGAUUCUAAAUAUGUUAAGGAUUAUAAAAUCAGUAACAGACAUGAUUCCCUCAGCUCCAGGUGCUCCAGGAUAGUGUCAGGGGUAUCACAAUUCUUAAGGUGCAGAAAAAGAUAGUUUUCAGAAUAAGUCUAGACUUGUAAUGAAUUCAUAUGCUAAACUCAUUUGAAACUUCUAAUGUAGAAGAAGGAAACUCUUUUCAAUGAAUGUCAAGUUUUAUUUAAAAGCUAUAAAAUUUAUAGUUUGUACUUAUAAACAGACAACACCUACAAUUGUGUGAAAUUGUUUAUUUAAAAUACAAGAACCAAGGGUAAAACUU